UUUUAGGUUAGACAAAUAUAAACAACAUUGAAGAUAUUUGAAAAUAUGUGAUAAAUCCGAAUUUCCCAGGAAAUUAUUGAUAUUUAAAAGAUCAUGGGGGACUUCAAACCAAGGUUUAUCAAACCUUCAGAAACCACUAGUUACCUCGAUAAAGACGACUCAACUGUGGUCGAAGCAACAAAUUUUGUAUACAACAGAUUCGUUUCUCAAUCAAUUGAAACCCAAAGGAGACGAUUACCAAUUUUCGAAAAUAGAAACCACAUUUUAUAUUUGCUAGAGAAGUAUCAGACUUUGAUUCUUGUUGGAGAAACUGGCUGCGGAAAGAGUACACAAAUUCCACAGUACAUGAUGGAGGCAGAAUGGCCUGGACAAAUAGGAAUAUGUGAACCUAGAAGAGUUGCUGCUAUAUCGUUAGCAAACAGAGUAGCUGAUGAAACAGCCACUCUUGUCCAAAGUGACACUGUGGGUUAUGCUGUUAGAUUCGAUGCUUGUUCAAACAAACCUAAAAUUAAAUACAUGACUGAAGGCAUUUUGAUAAGGGAAUUGAUGACAGAUCCGUUGCUUAAGAGUUACUCAGCUAUUAUGUUAGAUGAAGUACAUGAGCGUACUUUGUAUACAGAUAUAUUGAUGGGGCUGUUUAAGAAAAUCCUCAAAAAAAGAAAUGAUUUACGAUUGAUUGUUACCUCAGCUACAUUGGAUGCAAAAUAUUUAAAAGAUUUCUUUAACUUUGGAUCCUCAAAUGCCAAAGAAACUUCUACCAUAUUAUCUGUGCAUGGUAGACAAUAUCCAGUGGAUAUUCAUUAUUUGGCAGAACCUGCUCCUUGUUAUAUUCAAUGUAGUGUUGAAACUGCAAUAAAAAUAAAUGAAUCUAAGGAAAAUGGUGAUAUAUUGAUUUUUUUAACAGGUGUUGAUGAAGUUGACAGAGCCUCAAAAUUACUUUUGGAGCAUGCCAAUAGUAUAGAAGACUCUAAGAAAAAGAAUAAAUUUGUUGUCUAUCCAAUGCAUGGUACAUUACCAUAUCAUGACCAAUUGAAAGUUUUCAAACCAGCUCCAGAAGAUCAUAGGAAAAUUAUUGUAGCCACUAAUAUCGCAGAGACUUCUGUAACAAUACCUGGGAUUGUUCAUAUUAUAGAUUGUGGGUUUGUUAAAUUACGAUGGUAUAAUAUCGAUACCCAUACAGAUAGUUUAAUUGUACUUCCAAUAAGUAAAGCAUCGGCUAAUCAAAGGGCAGGUAGAGCAGGUAGGAUGAGAUCUGGUAAAGUAUACAGGCUGUAUACAGAAGAAUAUUUCAAUAAACUUCCUGAUAGCACUCCACCAGAAAUUGUUAGAACUAGUUUGACUUCUGUGAUACUUCACUUGAAAGCUUUAGGAAUAAAAGAUAUAAUACAUUUUAAAUUUCCAACUCCACCACCAAUGAAAAAUUUAAAGAGCGCUUUAGAAAUAUUGUAUGCUCUGGAUGCUAUAGACAUAAAUGGUGAAUUGACAAAACCACUAGGUUUUAAUAUGGCAGAAUUUGCUUUGGAUCCAAUGUAUUCCAAAGUUCUAUUGAAUUCUGGUGAGUUUGGUUGUUCAGAAGAGAUUUUAACCAUAAUUUCUAUAUUGCAAGUUGAAACAAUAUUCACUAAACCAUCAACGGGAAGCUCAAUUGUCAAGGCAAGGAUGCGAAGAAGAUUAUUUGAAGUAGAAGAAGGGGACCUUAUGACCUAUUUGAAUGUAUACAAUGGGUUCAUUCAGAGUGAAAUGUCUAGUGCAUUUUGUCACAAAAACUUUAUAAGUUAUAAAAGUAUGAAACGUGUACUAGAAAUCCGCAAACGUUUGGAGAAAAUUCUAAAUAAUUAUGGUAUUCCUAUAAUUUCCGCAUCUGGUGCAACACCUCUAAUUCAAAAAUGUUUAGUGAGUGGUUUGUUUCCAAAUGCCGCAUACUUGCAUCAUUCUGGUGUAUAUAAAACAAUAAGAGGUGAUAUUGAUUUGUACAUAAAUCCGGAUAGUGCUUUGUAUACAAUAACUCAACCACAGUGGGUGAUUUUUUGUGAGGUUUUACAUACUAAAAAACUUUAUAUGAAAGACAUUACUUCUAUCAAGGACGAGUGGUUGAUAGAACUGGCUCCACAUUUUUAUUAUCGCACUUCUUACAGAGACGGUUAAUUUAUAUAUUUGAGAAUUAUCUUUAAAUUUGUACAUACAAUAAUUAUAAGAUUUUAU